AUCAUCAGUGGCGCUUUUUGUUUUCUUAGCAUAACAUUAGGUGGAAGAUAGCAGUACAGAAAAAAAUGUAGAAGUUUUUACGCCAUACCAAGUGAUAAAUUUACGAGUUUAUUAAAGAAUAUGGAAAAAAACGCAAUGCUAUAUAUCUCCUAAGUGUUGAGAAAUAUUUGAUGUUCGAUUCAAAUUAUUGAGUAUUAUAUAUUUGGAAAUUCAAUAAUCUUGUGCAUUUUAUGUUAACAAUAUACUCCCCUAGUGCCAAUUAAAUUAAACCUCAACAAACUAAAUGGAUCAUGAUGUUUUCUGGAAAUACAUUCAGAAUGAAUUCGGCCAGGUGCAGAAACACUUACGGAACAUAAUCGAGUUGCAAAAUCUUUGCAAUCAUUCGAUAACGUAUUUGACGCGAGAAGCCAUCAUGGGAAUACAAAAGGAUAUGCGAGCUAUGGCUGGUCAUUUGUCGGCUACCUGCAAUCGCUCUGCAAAUCCAAAAGCACUAACCCUCAGCGAUAUCUAUGGCAAUCGAUGGGCAACGAAUCCGAAACAGUUCACAUUCAUGGAAGGAGAAAUAUUAUGCCUGCUUGGGCUGGCAAGCUGUGUACAGCAGAGAGGAAUCGAAUCAUUUUUAAAAUUCAAAAAUCAACCUCACGUUGCAGUCACUCAUAAUGCAUCCUCUAUUCAAAAUAUUGCUUUACAAAAAUCAGAUACUGCAGAGUCCCACGCAUACAAAUUAAUAAGCAAAAUAAGGGCAUUUUAUGCGAUGCAACAAAUCUCAGAUCCCAAAUUUGACAAAUUCACAAGAAAACUAGAAAAACUCGAAGUGCAUUCUCUGACAAUAACAGAUAACGAGGUGCGAGCAUCGAUAGUUUGCCCCAUCUGUGCCAUGGAAGGAAAUGAGCGGAAAAUCAACUUUAAAAUGGAUCCUUACUCUCGGUGGCACAUCUUCAGCUACAAACGACACUGUGAUGCAUUCCACUAUGAGGUACCAAGAGGAACGAAGCGAAAACGAUGUUUAGAAAUCGAUAACGAAGAAACGGAUGAUACUAUGGAUGACUGUUCCUGAUUGUUUCAGAUUAUAUCUGAUUGUUUCAGAUUAUAUCAAGGAUAAUUCAAGUUAGAAAGAUGAGUGUUGUCUGAUGUUUCGGGACUUGUAUCAUUCAAUAACCAUAGAUAUUUAGUUAGUAACACCCCAACAAGCCGCCGCUGUUUCUGGGUCACUGGUGAAUAAAUAUGUGCAUCGGAUCAUAAGUUAUUAAACGCGAUUAAUAUGAUGUUCUUGGUU